AUGACUAAUAAUAUCUUUGAAACUUAUGAAGCCCGUGAUUAUUUACAGCGAGUGGCUGCAUCAGAAUUAAGAUACUUUGGAAGGAUUACUCUGGAGCACGAAAUCAUUCUCAAGAAGAGAAUAUUUGGUACUUGCAAAGAAUCUAAGAAGCAGAAAAAUCUCAAGAAGUCUCGGUUCCCGGAGAUCAAAUGCUGUGACAGCUCCCGAGUGCAUUUGUCAACAACAAAAGAUAAUUCGGACUUUAUCCAUGCAAACUAUGUUAAUGGAUUCGACUAUUUUAAAAAAUUCAUAGUCACUCAAGAACCAAUGGACAGCACGCUUGAAGACUUCUGGAACAUGGUCUGGCAGGAGAAGACCAGGGUUAUUGUGAUGCUCAACGACCUCGAUACAAUUCCAGUGUCUUCAACCACCGACGAUUCAAGAUUAAUCGGCUUCAAAUUAGCUGCCAACAAUAUAGUUGUUCAUCAAAAUUUCAUCAUAACGAUCAUGAAUGUUUACAAUAAGAGCACCCGACAAUCAAGAUUAGUGCAGCACUUAAAGUUUCUGAACUGGCCAAAAGGAGGCAUUCCUGAUGUAACAAGGUUUCUUCACUUCUUGACAUUGGUCAACAGGAAGCAGCAGCACUUCUUCAAUGAAGCUUUGGCGAAUCUACAACUACCUCCAGGACCGAUAAUUGUUUACAGCAGCACUGGCACUGGAAGAGCUGCAUCUUUUUGUGCCAUCGAUUUCUGUAUCUAUCGAAUAGUGCAAACGGAAUUCGUGUCAGUACCAUCAGUGACAAUGCAGAUCAGACAGCAGAGGCAUUCAAGCAUUGAGUCGUUAGACCAAUAUUUUUUCAUUAACAAUGCAGUUGUUCUCUUUCUUACAAUAAUACAAACGAAUCAUAGGUUAUACCAUGAACUUAAAUCUCAUUUCAGUAUCAAAUAUGAUCAUUAG